AUGACGUGGCAAAUGGAAAAAGAGGGCGAAAUAAGAGUGGGAAACUGGGAAACAGGAGGGCGAAAUCAAGGAAAGUGGGAACUGGGAACCGAGGGCGACAAAUCAAGAAAGUGGGAACUGGAACAGAGGGGCAAAAUCCAAGGGAAGUGGAACUGGGAACAGAGGGCGAAAAUCAAAGGAGUGGGGAACUGGAACAGGAAGGGCGAAAUUCAAAACUGGAACAGAGGGCGAAAUCAUGGUGGGAAACUGGAAAAGAGGGCGGAAAUCAAUAGUGGGGAACUGGAACAGAGGGGCCGAAAUGAAAGAGUGGGAACUGGAACAGAGGGUGAAAACAAGGGUGGGAACUGGAACAGAGGGCGAAAUCAAAAGCUGGAAACUGGAACAGAGGGCGAAAUCAAGAGUGGGAACUGGAACAGGUGGCAAAAUGAAGAGUGGGGGGGUCUGGAACAGAGGGCAAAAUCAAAAGUGGGAACUGGAACAGAGGGCGAAAUAAAGAGUGGGAACUGGAACAGAUGGCAAAUGAAGAGUGGGAACUGGAACAGAGGGCAAAAUCAAGAGUGGGAACUGGAACAGAGGGCGAAAUCAAGGACGGGAACUGGAACAGAGGGUGAAAUGAAGAGUGGGAACUGGAACAGAGGGCGAAAUGAAGAGUGGGAACUGGAACAGAGGGCGAAAUCAAGGACGGGAACUGGAACAGAGGGUGAAAUGAAGAGUGGGAACUGGAACAGAGGGCGAAAUCAAGAGUGGGAACUGGAACAGAGGGAACUGGAACAGAGGGCGAAAUCAAGAGUGGGAACUGGAACAGAGGGCGAAAUCAAGAGUGGGAACUGGAACAGAUGGCGAAAUGAAGAGUGGGAACUGGAACAGAGGGCGAAAUCAAGAGGGAACUGGAACAGAGGCGAAAUCAAGAGUGGGAACUGGAACAGAGGGCGAAAUCAAGAGUGGGAACUGGAACAGAGGGCGAAAUCAAGAGUGGGAACUGGAACAGAGGGCGAAAUCAAGGAUGGGAACUGGAACAGAGGGCGAAAUCAAGAGUGGGAACUGGAACAGAGGGCGAAAUCAAGAGUAGGAACUGGAACAGAGGGCGAAAUCAAGAGUGGGAACUGGAACAGAGGGCGAAAUCAAGAGUGGGAACUGGAACAGAGGGCGAAAUCAAGAGUGGGAACUAGAACAGAGGGCGAAAUCAAGAAUGGGAACUGGAACAGAUGGCGAAAUCAAGAGUGGGAACUGAACCGAGAGCGAAAUCAAGAACAGGGGACGCAUGCUGACCCCAGAAACAUAUCUGCUCCAUUCGCCUUUAUCGUGGGCAUAUCAACAAACUUACAACCGAUGAACGUGUGCUACGAAGAUGCAGGAGGCCUUACCAUUGGGAAACAAAGCCCCAGUGUCGCUAUAGAGCAGGGGUUCUUAACAGGGGGUAUCCAUACCCCUUGGGGAUAUGAGAACCGCAUGCUGGAGAUGGGUUCAAAUUCACCAUAUAGAAAAAUGGAUUCUCUAAGACUUUAUUGA